CAAUGAACAUAUCCCAAAGAUAAAAACAAAAUAUGCAUUAUCCCUAAAGACAAAACCAUAUAAUACAUGUAGAUAAGAUAAAUAAAGAAAAACAUUAGAAGAAGAAAUAGAAAUGAGAGCUCUCUUGUGCUCACACCGUUUACUACCAUUAUCAUCUCUCUCAAGAACAACCGUCAAAACCAAAUCUCACAAUCCAAAAACCCUAUAUCCUAACAACAAACCAAGAUGGGAAUCCAAGCUCCACGCUGGACCUAAAGGGUUUCAAUCUUCUAGAACCUCUGAAAAACCCGGCCGGCCAGACCCGGACCCGGAAGACGAUCCCCCGAUACCUCAAGAAGUGUUCGAGAGGAUGAUGGGGAGGAUUGUGGUGUCUGUGGGAACACCACUGGGCUUGGGAGUGGCGAUCUUGAAAGUACUCGAAGUUUUGAAGGAUAGAAACGUCUGGGACGUGCCUUUGUGGGUUCCAUACUUGACCACACUCGUGACCUUUGGUUCGUCGGCUCUUGGGAUUGCGUACGGAAGCUUGUCCACAAACCUGGACCCGGCCAAGACUAACUCUCUUUUUGGACUCAAAGAGGCAAAGGAGAAUUGGGUAGAGAUGUGGAAAGAGGACCAAUAAUGGUAAUGUAUUAAUGAUAAUAAUCUUGAUUUUUCUUUGGGAAAGUCUCAUAAAAACUUUUAAGCUGGCUACCACAUUCACUUUAGAGUUUAUACUUACAAAAUUUUGAACUCCUACAAUAAACCAUCAAGACGACAAUGCUGCUAAUAUAAAAAAUUUAAGUGGCUUUAAUGUUCGCCAGUCCACAAAAAUUAGUGGCAAAUGAUUCUGUGUAUGUGUGAGAAUAUAUAUUUUUAUCGAAUUUGUAUCCAAAUUGUGAACCGAAUCAACCAAUUCCUCGUAACAUUGCCUACAAGUUUAGAACUAACUCUAACAAAUUAUUAGAUAUCUACCAAAGGGAUGGUGGCCUAGUGGUAGUAUAAGGAGAUCGGUUUUACAAAUUAUUGAAUAUAUUCAGCAUAGGAGAAAAGUCUAUGUACGUGAGGGAAAAAGGACCUAAUUUUACUAGACGAUUGAAAGUGAAAGUUAACAAUUUAAGAUCAACUUUGUAAUGCAGAUAUUGAUAUUUUUCUAUUUACUUUCCAACUAACA